UUUCCGCGGCACAAACGCACUUAACGCCAACACUGUUCAUAUCCUAGAUAUUGAUUUAGUGAUUACAUUGCUUAUAAAUUAGAACCCACCCAGUGACCAAUUGUUUCUCAUAUGUUCAUUGCAAUGGCAGAUUUCAAGCAUCUUUUGCUCAUUAUUAUCCUCUUGUCUCUCUUUGAGCUUGAUCUACUUCAAUUUCACCAAAACUUCUUCUCUUCUUUUCCGGUCAAGAUCAAUUUACUCAUCAUAUCCAUCUUCUUCUAUGUCUACUCAACCACCCGGUCUAAACCGGUUUACCUCGUAGAUUUCUCAUGUCACCAACCCACGGACUCUUGCAAACUCUCAUCCGAAACGUUCUUCAACAUGGCCAAAGGCGCUCAACUCUACACCGAUGAAACAAUCCACUUCAUGACGAGGAUACUAAACCGGUCUGGUUUAGGAGAGGAUACGUACGCCCCACGUUGCAUGUUAACCUCUCCACCAACUCCAUCAAUGUUCGAGGCUAGACAUGAAGCCGAACUAGUCAUCUUCGGAGCUCUUAACUCACUAUUCAAGAAAACCGGAGUCGAACGGAGAGAAGUCGGAAUCUUCAUUGUAAACUGCAGCUUGUUUAACCCUAACCCAUCACUCUCGUCCAUGAUCGUAAACCGGUACAAGCUCAAAACUAACGUAAAAACCUACAAUCUCUCCGGUAUGGGAUGCAGCGCCGGUGCAAUCUCCGUCGAUCUCGCCACAAAUCUACUUAAAGCAAACCCUAAUACCUAUGCAGUCAUUGUUAGCACCGAGAACAUGACUUUAAGCAUGUAUCGAGGCAACGACCGGUCAAUGUUAGUCCCUAACUGUCUAUUUCGGGUAGGUGGGGCUGCGGUUAUGCUCUCCAACCGGAGCCAAGACCGAGUCCGGUCAAAUUACGAGUUGACUCAACUCGUAAGGACUCACAAAGGCGCUAGCGAUAAACAUUACACUUGUGCUGACCAAAAAGAAGAUGAUAAAGGUAUCGUUGGAGUCUCACUCUCUAAAGAACUAACAGUUGUUGCUGGUGACACGUUAAAGACGAAUCUAACUGCACUUGGUCCGCUCGUUCUGCCUUUAUAUGAAAAGCUCCGGUUUCUUCUCUUCAUGGUAAAGAGCAAGCUUUUCCGUUUAAAGGUUAGUCCAUAUGUUCCGAAUUUUAAACUAUGUUUCGAGCAUUUCUGUAUUCAUGCCGGAGGUAGAGCGUUACUUGACGCGGUUGAAAAAGGUCUUGGACUUAGUGAGUAUGAUCUUGAGCCGUCUCGUAUGACUUUGCACCGCUUUGGAAACACUUCAAGCUCGUCGCUCUGGUACGAACUUGCUUACGUGGAGGCUAAGUGUCGCGUCAAGAAAGGAGAUCGGAUUUGGCAGUUGGCGUUUGGGUCUGGUUUUAAAUGUAAUAGUAUUGUGUGGAAAGCGUUGAGAACGAUUCCGGCGAGCGAGUCAUUGGUAGGUGAUCCGUGGGGUGACUCAGUUCAUAAAUAUCCGGUUCACGUGACAUAGUACGUGUGAAGUCAUGUGACAAGGUAUCAUAGUUCAACUAUAUAUAUCUAUAGCUUUUCUAUAAGAUUGCACCUCUUUAAUGUUACCCUGAAAUAAUGUAUAAGACGAGUCAUCCUCAAAAAUUUGCUACGUGUUUAUUUAAUUUUGAAAGAGACGACUUUUCUUUGAUUUUGCCUAAUCGGUCUACUCUCUCUAGUUUCACAAUAACAAAGAAAAAAAAAACUUCUUAUUGGGCUAUCAUUCUGUUUAAGGCGGUUCAAAUUAAUGGGCCUAUUUUAGCCCAAUAAGCUACUGAUUAGUAUGUGUGGACUCGAUUCUCUCCACAAUUGCAAAAAAAGAAAAAUUAUAAUCGGAGUUGUUUACUAUGUGGACCGUGAAACCUGCGGCGAUGCCGGUUCAAUUACUCAGGGGACGAACCGGAGCAACCAUCGUCGGCUCUUCACAGCCUCCGCCGCGUAAUUACGAAGGAAACCACCGUCGAUUCAUUAACAUCCCGACGAAA